AUGUCUUCCCCAAGCAAACGGCGAGACAUGGAUGUCAUGAAGCUGAUGAUGACUGAUUACAAAGUGGAGACGAUCAAUGAUGGCAUGCAAGAGUUCUUUGUCGAAUUUCACGGGCCUCAAGACAGUCCUUAUCAAGGAAGUGUGUGGAAGAUAAGAGUGGAGUUACCUGAUGCUUAUCCUUAUAAGUCUCCUUCUAUUGGUUUUGUCAACAAAAUUUACCAUCCUAACGUUGACGAAAUGUCUGGUGCGGUUUGCUUAGAUGUUAUUAAUCAGACUUGGAGUCCAAUGUUUGAUCUUGUUAAUGUGUUCGAAGUGUUUCUUCCUCAACUUCUUAUAUACCCCAAUGCAGCAGAUCCAUUGAAUAGUGAAGCUGCUGCCUUGAUGAUGCAUGACCGUGCUGCAUAUGAACAAAAAGUCAAAGAAUAUUGUGAAAAAUAUGCCAAGCCAGAAGAUAUUGGAGCUUCUAAGGAAGAAGAUUCUAGUGAUGAAGAGCUGAGUGAAGAUGAUGAUUAUGCCUCGAGUGAUGACGACAUUGCCGGCAAACCUGAUCCCUAA